AUGGAUUUGAUAAAAUGGAUUUUUCAUGGGGAAGGUGGAUCUUCAAAAGUGGAUAAAGGAAAGGCUAAUAUGCAUGAUAAUUUGGAUGAACUUUUAGAGGAUACUUUCAUGAUGCCUGAGUGUGAUUUUGAUGACAUAUUGGAUGAAGACGAAGAGUUUGAUGUAGAAAUGGAGAGGAUUUACAAUUUAGUACGUGAUGCUCGUCAAGAAGUAUACCCGGGUUGUAAAAAAUUCUCAAAACUAUCAAUCAUUGUUCGUUUACUCCAUAUUAAGAACCUUUAUGGGUGGAGCGAUGUAUCAUUUAGUGCGUUACUACUAUUGCUCAAAGAAUUGCUUCCUGAAAACUCUUCUUUGCCAGUAACAUUCCAAGAUUGCAAAUACAUAAUCAAAGAGUUAGGUUGUAGUUAUGAAAAAAUCCAUGCUUGUCCUAAUUAUUGUAUCCUAUUUUGGAAAGAGCAUGAGAAUGAAGAUACAUGCCCCAAGUGUAUUGCUUCUAGAUAUAAAGAGAGAGGGUGUCUAAAUCUUAAGAAGAAAGUUUCUUGCAAGGUAGUUUCUCCCCCGGUUCCAGCCAAAGUGUUGAGGUAUUUUCCUCUUAAACCGAGGAUCAAGAAGUUAUAUAUGUCAUCAAAAACUGUUGAUUCAAUGAAAUGGCAUGAGAAGGGCCGUACUAAUGAUGGAAAAUUAAGGCAUCCUGCAGAUUCAUUUGCUUGGAAAACUUUUGAUUCACUACAUCCUGAUUUUGCAUUGGAUCCACGAAAUGUGAGGCUUGGGUUAGCAAGUGAUGGAUUUAAUCCAUAUAAGACAAUGAGUAGCAAAUAUAGUCCUUCUUCCCCUAAAAGUAGCAUAGAUGUCUAUUUAAAACCUCUAGUUGAUGAGCUAAAGGAGUUAUGGGAGAAAGGAUUUGAAACCUAUGAUGCCUCUAGUAAGCAAUAUUUUAAUGUUCGAGCUGCAUUACUUUGGACUGUGAGUGAUUUCCCUGCCUAUGCUAUGCUAUCAGGUUGGCGUACUAGUGGAAAGUUGGCGUGCCCUGUGUGUAACUAUGAUACAUGGUCCAAGUACUUGCCAAAAAGUAAAAAGAUGUGUUACAUGGGUCAUCGUAGAUUUUUGGACUCCAAUCACAAAUGGCGGAAAAAUAAGAAGGGUUUUGAUGGCUAUGAAGAAUUUAGAGUUGCUCCAGUUCCAUUAUUAGGUUCUACUAUAUUGGAAAAAAUUGGCGAAAGAGAGAAUUUAUUUGGAAAUCCUCAAAAGAGGAAAAGAAAUAAUGUUGAUCCAUGGACCAAAAAAAGUAUAUUAUUUGAGUUGCCAUAUUGGGAUACUAAUUUGCACCGUCACAACCUCGAUGUAAUGCACAUCGAAAAGAACAUUUGUGAAAAUGUAAUUGGAACACUAUUGAAUGUAGAUAGGAGAUCAAAGGAUUAUAUCAAAGCUCGCCUUGACUUGGUAAAGAUGGCAUACGAAGCUAGAAUUACAGGACCCGUGCAUUACCGUUGGAUGUAUCCAAUUGAGAGGUUUCUUCUUAAGUUAAAGAACUGUGUGCAUAAUAGACGUUAUCCAGAGGGUUCUAUUGCAGAAGGCUAUAUAGCAGAUGAAUGUUUGACAUUUUGUUCAAGGUACUUAGAUGACGAUAUCCAAACAAAAUUCAAUAAACCAACAAGGAGUUUAGAUGGUCCUGUAGGAGAUGGAGUCAUGACAAGUUUGGAUCCUCUUACAUGGGAGCAAGCUCAUCGAUAUGUGUUAUUCAAUUCGGAAGCUAUCAAACCAUUUCUCAAGCAACAUGAAGAAUUUGUUUUCAGUCACAAUCGUCAAGGUUCAACAAGAAAAUGGAAUAAGGCUAAAGAUCAAUGUCUUACUUUUCAUGAAUGGUUUGAAGAUCGAGUAAGGAAUUUAGAUGUUAGUGAAGAUGUUAAAUGGUUGUCUAAAGGGCCAAAUACAGUUGCGAGAAGAUUUUCUGCAUAUGCAAUAAAUGGCUACAAGUUUGUCAUUGAAAGUCGUGAAAGAAAAACACAAAAUUCAGGGGUUAUGGUUGUUUCAUCUACAGUCAAGUUUAGAAACAAGAAAGAUGAAAAUCCGUUGGUAGAAAAUGUUACCUACUAUGGAGUUUUGAAAGACAUAAUUGAAUUGGAUUACUACGAACAUUUCAAUGGUACAAUAAGGGCAAGAGGUAAAGUUUCAUGGGCUGCCAGCUCAAUGGAAGAUACCCUUAAUGAUCAAGAAGUUCAAACAUACAUCAAAAAGCGUAAGGCUUCAUGGCCAAGUGGAUCAAUGACUGAAAUUCUUAAUGAGCUAGAGGAGACAACAUCAAGUCCUUGCCUAACACCCUUGGCGCCCUAUUUGAUUAACGAUGAUAGUCUUGUUAUCAAGAAGAAAAGGGGUUCAACAAAGUGUCUUAAGACUCAUGGUUUGAGUCAUGAAGAUCGCAUUCAAGUUAGACUGAAUAUUCUUGGUCAACUUAUUGGUCAAUAUAGGGCUGCCUUGAGCUCUUAUUUGGGAACAUUGGCUAGGAAUGCACACAUUGCUCCUUUGACAUACACAACUUGGAGAGAGUUGAAAGAUAAUUGGGAGGAUAUGUGGCAAACAGUCAAGUCAAAGUUUGAUAUAGAAGAACGUGGUAAAAAGUGGGUCUUGCAAAGUAUUGGUUCAAGUUGGAGGACUCACAAAUGUCGCUUGAAAAAGAAGUUCUUUAAGCCAAACAUGAAGGAGGAGUACAAUUUAUAG